ACGUCUGAGGAACGGGGAAAUAAACACGAUAAGAAUUAUGUAAAUGACAUCACACAAGAACACGUGAAUUACAACAAUAUAUAUGGUGUUAUUAUUAUUUUAAUUUUCGAUUAAUAUAUUUUAAAUGUUGGUUAUAAUUGAAGUGGCGUGAACCGAGUAAUGCAUACGUUUGCAUUCGACUCCGGCUUUUUGUGAGAAGAUUACAGUGCAAAGUUAUGGAUCAAUAUCAAGAUAUCGUCGGGGUUAGCAAAUAAGAUGACUGUAACGAGAGUGAUGCUGAAACAGCUAUGCCAAGAAACCACAGAGCGCUUCAAGAGUCCGACCAAAUUCAAGAUGAACAAAUGUCCUACGAAUAUUAUAGUAAGAGUACUCAUACUUGCCUCGUUGCCUUAUAGUUCCACUCUGAAUCUACCUAGCGGGGACCCCGCGCCCGGGAGGUCACCUGGACCGCCUAUUAACAUUAUCAAUAAAAAUCUAGAAGGGAUUGGUGAUAAAUUAGAAACUAAUAUAAAAAUACCAAUCGAUGAUACUAUAUAUGACGAAGUGACGACGAAUGACGAGAUCGCGACGACAGCGGUCAGUGAAGCGAGUGUUAGUGAAAGAAUAGUUGGCGAUGCCUGUGCCUUCGCCCGAAUCCCGAGUGACAGUGAAGACAUUGUGACUCUGAGUGAACGGAAUAGUGAUAUCAACGUUACGUUCACUCAUUCGGUCUUCGAGGCUGAGGAACUGGUCAGGGGUUUCGAUUAUGAAGUUCAUCUACAAGUGAACCAACCGACGUUAAGGGACUACGUUCUUUACUCGAUAGUUGGUAACUUCAUCCGGGGCAACUUCACUCCGACCAGCUUCUCUGAGAGACCUUGCAGGGACGAAGAGCCUCUCCCCUACUUCAAGCCUAAACACGCGAGAGCCGUGCGUUCGAAGCACUCGAAGACCAAAUGGCAUGAUGAAAGUGACAGUUAUAGGACGAGGGGUGACAGUGAUUUCGAUGGUUACUAUUUUAGACCAAAAUUUCUAUCGCGAGUGGAGCGUUCGAUUUACAAGUUCGGCAAAAUGAGAUACAGGUUCCUACCAGCAGCGAUCGUGAGCGGACCAUUGCGAGACAGGAGGUCUCUCACGUUGCAAUGGUCUUUGAAUGACGCUUCACAUUUAGAGAGAAAACAAACUAGUGUCGUCUUUAGAUUACGUUAUAGAAAAACAACGAGUGCCACCAUAUACCAAGUGUUCUUUACUAAAACUUUAAGAUUAGAUUGUGUGAUACGUGUCCGAGAGGUUCGGGCAGGCCGUGUUCACUCCGGUUACCUCCCAAGGAGUCACGGUUGCAAACUGCUCUUCCCCAUACCCUCUCCAAAAAACGCUCUUUUAGUCGAGCUCCACAAGCUAAAUGUACCAUGUUCCAGCGGAUACCUAAGAUUUGCUACCGGUUUUCCACCGGUAUGUGGAAAGCUGGAACAGAUAGCAAUACCGAACAGACGACAUUUAUACCAAUCCUCGAGCAAGCCGGAAAUUGAAAUCCAUGGUCGACCCACGUUCGCCGCGACUUAUCGUGUUGUAGAUCAUUGUCAUGAUGUUCUUCUAACGGAAAGAAACGGCUCGUUCGAAGUCGGCCCAACAUUCAAACUAUUUUGCUCCUAUAAAAUUCACUUGCCUUAUGGAAACCGAGUUGCCUUACGCCUCCAAAUGGGAACUGGUCCGAUGGUUAAAAAGAAUUCAGACAAUUUUAAUAUUAUUCACGAAGACGGUCAUAGCUUUUGCAAAGGUAUGGAGUUGAACCUAGUAGAUGGUGAUUCAAGAUGGAAACAUUGCUCACAGCCGGGGGAUCCUUUGCGAAGUGUGCAAAUAAUUUCAGAAAGAAAUUCAGUCAAGCUUAAUAUAAGUAUUUUAGCAAAGAAAAAUUCAUCCGCAAUGUGGUUAAAAGUAUGGUGGAUGGAUAAACCUAUCGAGGAAGUUAUAGGACAAUGUGAUUUUGGUUGGGUGGUGUCCGGAGAUUUUUGUGUUACCUCUGUGAGGGAAACAAAGAGUUCGUGGCGACAAGCCGAGCUCGAGUGUGUUCGACUUGGUGGUCAUCUGGCAAGCAUCCUUAACGAACGUCAGCAACAAAUUAUGGACCAACUACUUAUUCACACACCAGGAGCCGGCGUCGAUGACGUCUAUUGGAUAGGUGCCACCGACUCCGUCCACGAAGGAGAAUUCCGUUGGUCGGAUGGACUACCUUUUUCAUAUGCACACUGGUUUCCCGGUUGGCGUAAACACGCCGGCCAACCAAACGACGAUGGCACCUCAGGGCAGGACUGUGUGGAGGUACGACGAGAACUGCCCCCCAGACCAGCUCAUCCAACCUUCAUGUGGAACGAUAGAAGCUGCAGGGAGAGGAACUACUACGUUUGCGAAAGACCAGGCGUUGAAGAUCCGUACAAAGCUUCUAAAGUCCAGUGCAACGAAUCGAUAGUGCUGUCACACUUGCACCCGCAGGCUACAAUCUCGAGCCCCGGCUUCCCUCGCCCCUAUCCCGACGACGUGCAUUGUGUUACACAGAUCAAAGCUCCGCCAGCACACACUAUACGUUUACAUUUUGAGGAACUGCUCACCGAACAUGAACCUCAUUGCAGUUACGACUUUCUGGAUAUAAUAGAGUCCGGCCUGGAAAAUAUCACAGAAUACGGUCCAGUGGAAUGGAUACCCCAUGAUCAUCACUUUGGCUCCGAAAAUGAGGUUUGGGAGGAAUUAGAAACUCUUUUACCGGAAUCGGAUGCGGUGAGUGCGGGCUGGUCACGAGACACUCACAGCACACGAGCGAGGCGCCUCUGCGGCGAUUGGAGCGGGAAGCUUAAGCUGCUGCGCUACCAGUCUCGUGGCCACACACUGCGGCUUCGAUUUAAAUCGGACCACUCUAGACACUUUGCGGGCUAUCGAGCGAAAGUAACUCUGACUGACACACAGUCGUGUAUGGACGUGAAACAGGUACUGUUCAACGGUUACUGCUACCUUUUCUCCGGCUACCCACAGGCUUCUUGGUCAACCGCGAAACAGGUUUGUGAAGGUCUCAACAUGCAUCUGUCUUCGAUACAUACAGCGGAAGAGGAGCGCUUUAUAGUGACCGGUAUCAGACAAUCCAGCGAUUACAGCGCUGGAUCUGUAUACUGGCUCGGUUCCCGUCUAGACGAUAAUGCAAUAAGUUGGAUCGAUGGAAGCACUUUAGAUUACCAAGCCUGGCCUCCUUAUAAUGACACCGAGGAAGUCGAAGACAGCUGUUUAGGUGUUCAGUGGAAAACCUCUCCAGUACCCUCACAGCCAUCGGGACUGUACUGGACUCCAUACAAGUGCUCGGCCACUGGUGGCUACGUGUGCAGGAGACGCCUCACAUCAGAGCACGUCCUCAGAAAUACUACCGUCGAGGGCACUUCGGGUACAUUAAGGAGUCCUAACUAUCCCGGUCUGUAUGACAACGAUCUGGAUUAUUGGGUUCAUGUCAGAAGUGCCCCGGACACACGCCUAGUAUUCGUUUUCGCUUCCAUCAACUUGGAAUAUCAAAACGACUGCCUUUAUGACUUUAUAGAGUUACGAGAUCGUAAAGUCAGUUCGAAGUCAUCGAGAUACUGCGGUUCGGUCGGAGAGACGAGAUGGGUCGCCGCCACCAACGAAGCGAUACUUCACUUUCAUUCUGACUAUAAUACCCAGGGAGCAGGUUUCUCAGUGAACUGGUGGGCGGUCGAGCUGGCGGGAUGCCCAUCUCAGACGUUCACGUCCAAGGAAGGAAUCAUUCACAGUCCUAAUUACCCCCACUUUUUACUACCAGAUAUGGAUUGUACAAUCGACAUAUUUGCUCCAGCGGGAAAAAGGGUGUACUUAAAUAUUAGUUUUUUUGAUUUCGGGUAUGGACAAUUCGAGAACGGAAUUCCGAACAACGUGUCGGAUGUCAUAUCCGAAGACAAUUAUUUAGAAAUUCAAGUCGACUCUCAAAGUCGACCUAUAAGACCAUUCCAAAAUUCAAAAAUUUUAACAAACGGACUGUUCGUGUCACAAUCUGAAAUCAUGAGAAUACGACUGAAAACUGGGGAGAACGUUACCGGGAUCGGAUUUCUUGCUCAUUUCAAGACUGUGUGGCAUUUAAAUGCUUCCAUCACGAUCAGUUUAUCGAACGCCGGUCGUCUGGCUUCUAUAAACUAUCCAGAGAUGGGUCCGUCCCGGAGUACGCUCCGCAUGCGACUGGUGGCUCCUCACGGGCACACGCUCGCAGUAGCGUUCAGUUCCACUGCCCUUGUACCAGCUGGUGAAUACCCGUGUGGAAGGGAGGCAGGCUGGAUCGAGGUGGUUGAUAGUUACACGGACAAUAAUGGCACACAAUGGACUCUUUGCGAGGCGAACCUUCGAAAAAGAGCCGUCGAGAGUGCUCCACUUGUCAUCACCUCAUAUUUGCACUCAUUGAUAGUGACGCAUCACUCUGGUGAAGAACCUAUGGGACUAGACGUAGCUGUAGUAGUAAAUAUUGAUACAGAAUAUCACAAUAAGGUUCUCCUACUACCGGAUGAAACUAAUUUAGAGUCCUGUUACCCGAACCCGUGUCUGCACGGUGGACAAUGCGCUUUUGAGGAUUCCAGAAACAUGUGUCAAUGCUCAGGAUAUUAUACAGGUGUUUUCUGUCUCCUGACGGCAUGCGAGCGAUCCCCCUGUGUGAACGGUAACUGUUCGCUGGCGGCGGACGGUGCGCUGUGUGCCUGUGCUCGUGGCUGGAGAGGCCGGCGCUGUGCCGAGCGAGUGAGACCUUGCGCAGCGCGGCCCUGCAACCACCGGGGGGCUUGCGUUGAAAGGGACGCCGGCUUCUUGUGUCAAUGUAACCCUUCAUGGAAAGGAAAAAGAUGUGAAAUACCUAAUCCUACGCCAAAUAUCGUAGGUUUGGGUACAAGAAUGAUGCAAGAACCAUUUUGGCUUGGUUUAUUCGCUGUUUUCGUCGUCCUCGGUUUUAUUGGCCUAAUUUGGUGUGGAAAAAGACACUUCCCUGAAAAAAUAGAAAAACUCCUAGCUGAAGAAGCCGACAGAUGCGCGAGACGGGUGGCGGGUCCAGGGCCGGGGCCGGAGGCGCGCACACUGCUCACGCGGCUGGGUAUCCGCAAGCCAUCGAUGACGGGGGCUCACCCGCGCGCGCGCACCUUUAGUUUGGACGAUCUGUUAAAGCCGCCACACGGACGAUCUCCUUCGCCUCGUAAAAAACGCAACAAUUCAACACCAACAAAGAAAAACGCAGCGGAAAAAAAACAGAUAUUACAGCAACUCAUAAGCCCGGCGCCAGCCAAUGAUCACUCGAAGAAAAUAAGUAUGGGGGAAUUAAUACAGAUGUCAGAGAAGAGAACACUGAGUACAGUAGAGAGUGCCCCUGCGUUUGUAGAAUAUGGAUUAGACAUUAAAGACACGUCAUUCGCUAGUGAAGCCUCGUCACCCUCCACGUCACCGUCAAUGCGUCAAGUAUCUGACCCUAAACUGGAAAAGAAAGUGACGUUUGCAAGAUUAUUGAACAAAGUUUCAGCCGAAAUGAGCUCGAGUUCAGAUGUCGAUAUGGUUAAUACUAUUGCAAUUCCGAUGGCCGUCAUAGCUGAUAGAACUAUAAAGACAAAAGCCUCGAGCACUCCACCCUCACCUGGUGUAGAAGUAAGAUCCCCCCACAGUACGUCAAGUAAUCAAGGAAGCGACUCCCUGUCCAGUCUUGAUUUGACCUUGGCUAACGGUGCUAUAAAGAAAUUUUCUAGAGCACCAAAAAUAUCAAGCGCUGAUUCCAUACUCGCAAUGUUCCGAAACUUUUCUUCGUCAGCUGCUAUAGUUUCUCGCGCUUCCUCUGGAGCUAUAUCCGCAUCCAGCACACCCACAGCAUCAUCACCUCAAGACGACACCGUCGAUGGCGAUGAUCUGUCAAUAGCCUCUUCACAUAUACCUUCUUUAGCACCCGAUUCUCCCAUUUCAAGACCACACACAACUAUCGAAAUACAGGUUGUUGACCCACUAAGCUCUCAUAAAUCUUCUACAUCUGGUAAUCUCCUACACCCUCCAUCCAUCCUACUUGAAGUACCCAGUAGCAUCAAUAAGUGUCUGUCUCCUAUUCGAGAACUCCCAACACCACUGCCAACUCCGCUCCCUACACCACUGCCAACCCCACUACCAUCACCACGAAUGCCACGGGUCAAACUGGAACAGGAUAUCAAAAAAGAUUCUGUAAUUUCUUGCAUAUCACCAAGCGAAGACGAAUUAGAGGAGAUAAGAUAUGAGAAAGCUGAAAGACCAACAAUGGGACUGAGAUUAAAGCUUCGACAGCCGGCAGUGUGUUCUGAAACCCCAACGCCGUCCACUCACGUCACGGACUCACCCAGCCCUAGUUUUACACACAGUCAGGACUCUGAGAGAGAAAUGUCACCUCUCUCCCCCGCCCCGCCCUCGCUGAGAGUUCCCGUCCUCACUAUUGAACGACCCUCGCCUGGAUCCCCUCCACCGAGAAGAACCCCACCACAUUUAGACUAUCAACCACCGCCAUUAAUAACAGUCACAUAUAACCCCAGUGAAGAAUCAGAUGAACCUAUGUCACCAAGACCACCUCCGCCAACAGCAAAUAUGUGCUAUCUGAGCCCCUUUUCGAUGUCGGCAAGAGGAGAGAGAGCACCAUCAGAAUCUAAUUUGUCAUCAUCGGGAUACAGUUCAAUGGCAAGUCCUGGCCCGUCGAGAUGUGGGUCUAGUAAUCCCUUGUGUCCAUCUGAAAUGGAAGAUCCUGGAUCAGGAGGAGGUCCAUCUUGUUUUCAAUCUAGGCGGAGACCACUCAUGAAGACAAAUUCAAGUCCAGCGGGCUCUAAUGAUGGAGGCAAUGAGAGAAGAAGAGGUAGGUCUGAUUCUGAAACACUUUCAGACGAUCCAUUGUUAGAAUCCAACGACGAAGGAAUCGGUACGGAUGAAAGAGUAGACGAUGUUCCUUCAAGUGCAAAAGAAAUGGAAACUUUGACAGUGUUAAAAGAAUGCUUAGAUAUACCACAAACAACUUUAUGCUCCCCGAGCGGUGUCACUAAAUGUACCAUCGUAAAGUGCAUAAGUGUUGAACGAGGUUUAGAUGAAAAGGCGAGUCUUAAACCGCCAAUUUUGUUCUCAGAUUGUAGUAGACCAUUGAGCCCUGUCAGUUCAAGAAGUGAGAGUCCUUUAAGUGACAAAACUGGUUUAGGUAGAUUCUCUCCACAAUUUUACGGUAGACAACUACCUUUUACUGAUUCCGAUGGACUUUAUGAUUUUCCAAGUUCCGAAUGCGUUAAAGGCGGUAGUUGUAAGAGUGGGAGCGCAUCUCACAGAAAAGCCGGUAGAAGAAGAGACAGAAAAACGACCAGGACAACGUCACAUGAGCCCACAGGAACUACUAAAUCUACUCUACCACACAUGCCGCACUCCAUGCAUAAUUUAUUAGAGGUGCCGUAUGGCAAUCGUGGUCGCAAAGGUGGAAGAAGGAGGUCGAGGUCUCAGGCGCCAGCUCUAGCUACCUCAUCAUCAUCUGAAGAGUCUGUGUCCAACGCAUCCGUGGCCUCUGUGGCAUCAGCUCGAGAACUCAGACUACCCGACUUGGAAAUGCAGCCUGAGCCUGUCAGAACUAAGAAGCCGUUGAAGCGUCAAAAAUGCCGAAGCUCUGAGGACACGUCGUCUAAAAUAUCAUCAAGCUUGGACCUAACCGAGGACUCGAAGAAACCGAAUAAAAUUAGCAAACUCCGGUCCAUCGGAAAUCAAAUAAGAUUUCUCCGUCGGUUAGAAAAAAGUUUAAAAAUGAAAGAAAGCUACCCGGCGAUCUCAGACGACGAAGGAGACGAGUCGUCCAGCGUGACGUCACCCUUGUUACAAGGUAGGAAGGACCUGAACCGUAUGACGGGCCACGCGAUCUCCGCUCCUCUGCUGGGGGCUGCAAGACCCAAGAUCUCGCGACAGAGACGGUACGAGAGAUCCCUCCUUGGCGAAGAGACGAGGACUUUGAGUACUGCGCCUGGCUACGAUAACUCCGAUUGAACUGUCUUUAAUUUUAAUAAAUGUUAUGUAUCCUCACCUCAAACUUGCAGCGUCAAACUACACACGGAGAGUGUAAAGUUUUUUGUCGUUAGCGUACGUUAACACUAACUGGCGAAGAUUCACAUCUAAAAGACUGGAAAUCUUCGUGAGUAGUUUCAGGAUGCAAACUGGGGUGAAGAUGCUGAAACGUAACUUUUUUAUUGAUACCUUUUUCUAGUCAAUUUAUAUCUUCAGAACUGUUCGAUGGAAACAAUUUUAUACUUGCUAAAGUCGGUCGGACGGAAAGCUGGAUCCGUGUCGUGCAAUCCUCGUGCGAGUGUUAUUUACAAGAUUCUAACCUAAUGUGAUAUCAUGUACUAUAAAAGUAGAAAAGUUACUUUUAAUUUAUAUUAAAUAAUAAUAAUAAUGAUUCGUUACUCUUUCGUUAAAUUUUGAUGUCUUCGAUUUCGUAGAUAACUUUGUAAAUAAUUUCCCGAAGCAAUAACUUAUUUUAUAGGCGGUAAAUAUUUUAUUGAAAGUUGUUAGGAUAUUUAGAAUACAACCUUAUGAAGUAACCUAUUGUUAUACUCGGUUAGCGGAUAAUUACGACGCAUUUAUGAGUGAUAUUCUGUUUUUUGCACUUUGCUAUCAUUUCUUAAAUACUAAGUCUAUUGUAACAAAGUUUUUUGUAAAUAUUUUUAAACAUAUUGCUCAAAUGCAUAUUUUGUGAGCUGUCUUUUUGUGCACUUUUUGCUACUUUGUAAAUACAUGAUUGUUUGUCGAUGUAAAUACCGGAGUUCGAGAGAAUUUUUUUUUCUUUGUAACUAAAAUAUUUGCUAAAAGACUUGUAAAUCGUUAGACGGUAAGAUGAAAAUAAUUCAAAAGGCCCAAAAAAAAUGGUAUACCAAAUGCACAAUUACUAUUACUCUUAUACAAUAAGCACAUAAAGUAUAGUUGUCAGAAAACAAUAUUACAAUCGCACUUAUUAAGAAUAAAAAUGUUAUGUCUCUGUAGAUAUCUUCCUUUGCUCUUUAUUUCUGAAUAUAUAAUAAUUGUAUACAAGUUGUGGCUUAGGAGCACUAGCGUCGCUAAAUACAAAACUAUGGCCUGUUUAUUGAGACUGAUUUUCUAAAACUUAUUCUUAACAUUGUAUUUAUUUUUGCUUGCUAUAUAUUUCCUUACCUUCUAUGAUUUUCAUAAUUAAAUUAUUAAUUCACAAAAUAUAAUAACAAAAUGGGAAACUUUCAUUGCUCUCAAUUAACUAUACUUAUUAUUAUUCCCUUCCGUUGAUUGUGCCUUUGAUCACAAUGUUUUAAUAUGUCCGUUGCUUUCGUCUAACUUUCCCAUCAUCGAUCUAUUCCUUUGUUUGUCCAAAUCAUAGAAUAAAUCGCGAGCAAUACUUUAAGUAUCGGUAACGUUAAUUAUACAUACAUGUUGAAAACCGCUGUGAUUGCUGUAUUAGGAUCUCAUACACCGCAUCUUCUAAAUAACUUUCUUUUAAAUAAAUGUUGUUAACCCCUCAUCCCUAUACUUUUUUUAUUCUAGAAAUCUAAACUUCGAAUUUAACAUAAGUCAUCUCGUAGGACCAUUUACUUAAUAUUAGAUAAUUCACUUAUUUAUAAGAAUAAAGUGCACCUUUUUAGGUUAAGGUCUUGAUAUGACGCAUAGCUAUUCAUAGUACGACAUUAAUUAUUUAGCCGUAUAGAAGUUACUUGUGAAGCGAGUGUAAUCUUUCGUCCGUUCCAUACCUUCGAUGAACCUAAUUUUCUUAAUUGUAAAUAGAAAUGUUUACACUUACACGUUUAAAGAUGUAUAAUCAUUAUAAUCACAAUUUUAUUCACCACAGUGUAAAACAAAUAAAUUUUGCUUGUUA